AUGGAUUGCCAGGAAAUUGUGGUCCAGCCUCAACUGAUACACUACUUUUUGCUGAGAGAGGUGAAGCAAUCGAAUCUCAAUGAGAUGCGAUUCAAGGUUGCAAACAAAUAUGUUCGACUUUCGUUGUAUGAGUUCUGUGUAGUCACGGGUCUGAGAUGUAAGGAUGUCAGGAAAAAUCUCGAGCAUAUUCCUUCCAAAAUUAAGGGAACGUACUUUCGGAAUUUGAAACUAGUCACAAAUGAAGAUGUGCGUGAUGUAUUCUUGAACUUGUUAGAUGCAGACGAUCAUGAUAUUGUAAGUAUCAGGAUUUUAUACUUGAUAACGUCUUUCUUGUUCUCCACGUCAUAUAAGAAGGUGGUUGAAAACUACUUGUUUACCUUAGUAGAAGACUUUGCUGCAAUGGAACGGUCUUCCUGGGGUAAAAAGUUGUUUGAGAAGUCUAUAAAAUCUCUAAGAGAGGGUUUGAGUCAUAGGAAUCUCCACUACAGGCUGAAAGGAUUUUUGAUUGCAUUAGUCAGGAUUUACGAAUCAAUUCCAAGUCUUACUGGACCUAUCACCAAUAGGGUGGGGAAUAGGCACCGUCGCAUCGUGAACUGGGCGUUGAACAGACAACAUUCUGCAGUUAAAUUGGAUGAAGAGGUCUUCUCCAAGCUUGACUGUAGUAGCCGAGAAAAAUAA